GUUUCAACAUGGUUCUUCACCACUUUCAGUGUAUCUGGCAUGAAGGAAAAGGUCCGCUACCUCGACAAUCUGCAACAGCUCUUCACCUGCAUCAAGCCUGAGCAGCUCGAUAUCCCUCCAUUUGUCUUGGAGUACGAUGCACGAGUGAACGGACCCUACCAUCAUUCAGAAGCUUCCGGUCUGUGACACGAGUCCAAUCGAAUCUUUCUGUCCCAAGUGGCGAAGUGGUGGAUGUCUUUUCUGGACAUGAAGUUUUCUGUGUGGUCUGACCUCCAACCUCCUCUUUAAGGCUUUGAACCUCAGUUGAGGAAACUCUUCUUUUGUUCUGUUCCUGCCAAAAAAGACCAAAUUAAGAGUCGCAGUGCACAUAUAGCACGGCGCGGUCUGGUGAGCAAUCAUUGUUACUCACCACAGACUAUUUUUGGAUCUGGCAUGGCUCCUGGAUUAUGCCUUAUACUGAGAGACUUACUCAGCAGUUUUGUCAUACUGCCCAAAAUAUGAAGUAUCACAUCAUAGCUGGCACUUAACUCAAAGGCUUCCCUGUGAUGUGGUCGUAUCAGACAUCCUCGCCCAUGUCUCAGAAGAUGGCUUUUCAAAUGCUGGAGUGAUACGGGGAGUGCCUGUUUGGAUUUCUACACCACACGGAGCAGCAGAAAGUCUGCAGUAAAGACAAACAUUGGGUUUUGCUCAGCCGGAAGUUUUUCUCCACCUGUUUCAGCGUAAUAUGAGACCGUGAGCGCCAGCAGUCCAAACCGGAAAAUUCCAAACAAACAUUAAUGCCGGGGAGAUUUUCUUUGAUUAAAAGCACACGUCAGCUGGCUAACAUUCAAUUUACAUCACAAGGUCAUCUUCAUAUUGUGUGAACAUGUGAAGUUAGCUUAGCUUGGCACAGAGACUGAAAGAGGAAGCAGAAAGGCUCAGCUUAAGGUGUCAGAGUCACUUCAGCUGUAGCAUCAUACAUUAAGUUAAAUUCACAAAUAUUACAGGGAGAUGCCUCUUAUCGUCACCAUUUCCCAGAUAUGUAGAUCUGUUACUAGAGGCAGUGCUGAAGUACUUCUGCUUAGCAUUAACAAUGUAAAAAGCCCUGUUUGUUUUCCAGUAGCUUUAUGGUGGGCCUGAAAGGAAGCAGGGCAUGUGUGCCUCUACCAAACUUGUUAGCACCGUGUCACUGAAACGCAUAUUUAACCUCACACAUUUAACAACAUAUGCCUAACAUUAACUGCUUCCGAUCUUUGACAGUUCUAACUUAAAUACUAUAAAACACGUUAAUUUUCCUGUUUCUGGAGAUGGAACAUUUGUAACUGUUUCUUGAAGCAGUAACUGGAAUCAUUAAAAGAAAUUGGCCACUAAACAGUGAUACAGUUCUAAUAAGGCAGUGCCUCUGUAACCCACAACAGUGGAAACAUGAUGUACAAGUGAACCUAAAUUACACAAGUCAAGUCAUGAGGAGUCCUCACUCUCACAAGCGCCGUGAAGGAAAGUGAUUAACUAUUUUUUGUGCUUUUGUGUCAAAUCGCUCUGUUACUCAGUCACUAACUCCUUUGUUUGCACAGCUCGCUUCACUUUACGUUGUCGUCUGUAGUUUGAUUUAUCUUGGACUGCCACAUGUGUGGGUGUCCAGGUCAAAUGGAGUGAAGUAAACUCUGAAAGCAUUUCUGAUUGUCUGAA